AUGAAUUAAAUUUAGAAUAGGUUGCGAAAAAGAACAUAUCUCUAAGAUGUCCAUAAUCAGAAUAAUGAAAGGAAUUCUACAGCUUAAAGAUGCUCAACUUCAAUUCAUAAUUCUAUGUAACCGUUAAUUCAGAUUCGAUAGAGAUGUAUGCAGAUAAACUCAUGCUAUGACAUUUCAUGUAUCCAAACCAAGAGAAUAAUCACUUUCAAUUGAAUCUUAGGAAUCAGAAUAGGAGUUUUUACAAACACAUAGAAGGGCGACUACUAAUAUCAUUAAUCACCAAAAAAAUUAUAAGGCAUUGCAAUAGAUAUCAUAUAUAACGCAAAUAAUGAUGCCAGACUAUGAAAAAAACAUCAAUACAAUUUCAGUAAUCGAGUAUUAAACAUAUAAUUUAUUCUCAGAAGUAAAGCCUAUUAGAUUUAACUUGCAAAUUAAGAUGAUCAAAGGUAAUAACAUAUUCUAAAUGAUGGAGAAAUGUGGAUUGAUUAUAAAUUUGAAAUUGUAUAAUUUAGAUUUUAAUAAUGUAGCAUCCAAUUGAACUCAAGUAAGAUUUUGUAAAUGUGUAAAAAUUGAGAUAAUUGGAAUUUUAUUAUUAUAAAAUUAGAUGUUAAGGUGAAGCAGUACCUUUAACCUUCACGAUGAAUUAGUCUGAAUAAACUAAGUUUAAAGUAUUUUUAUCCACAACCAAUCCAUUUCCAUCAAAAUUUUCUUGUGAACAAAUCUUCUAAGUCAAAACUUGGAAAUACAAAAGCAAAGAUUACAAAUAAUUUAGAUAAAAAUUUAUCUUUAUUUCCUUAGUUUGCGAUUUAGACACAACCAUUAAAAUCUCAUUUACUUUUGGCUCCACUUAAGGAACUUAAACCAUUUACAAAAGCCCAAUUAGUAAAUAACAAAUCAAAUAAAAUCUAAUCAGUUGUGACUUAACUGCAUCAUAGAUUAUAAAAAAAAGAAAAAAAUAAAUGCUUGAAUUAUCUAAGGGAAGGAACUUAAUCUAAGAGAAUAUACUAAAUGUAACAAUCUAAAAUGAUGAAUGCAUCAAGUCCCAAAAAUAAUUAUACAAAACCCUCUAAUAAAAGAAAUUUCAUGAAGUUGUUAAGAAGAGAAAACAAUUAGAAAUCAAUACGUAAGGUUAAAAAUAGAUCAAUUAUUUUUCAAAAGAAAUAACACAUCUGUUAAAAAAAUUAAAAUAAUAAAAAGAAAUGGAUCAAAAUCGUUACUUAAAAUCAGAAAUUUAAUUUGAAAUGUUUAGAUUGAUUGCAUACUUAUAAUUGAUCAACAUAAUUUAUGAGAGGCUCAAGCACCAACAUAAAAUUAUACAUCAUGUUUAAAUUAUUCAAAUCAAAAUGAAGACCAUUUAUUUUAGAGCUAAAAGAAAUAUGUGUAGAUUGAAAGGCAAUACUAUAUUUGGAAGAGUUCAUCUCGACGUUAAAUUGUAUUACUAUUUUCAUAUUUCUUUAGUUGCCUCUCAAUGAUUGCUAAUUAAAUAAAAAAGAAGGUCCGCAUUCAAAACAUCAAUAAAAUUUAACCCAUUCUAACUUAAAGAUCAUUACUAUGGAAUUUUAAAGAAAAAAUUCAUCAAACUUCUAGGAAUUUACAAAUUAUUAAGGAGGCUAUAUAUAACUUUGUUUUAAGAUUUAGAGUUUAUAAACAAUUUUUGAGAUCAAUAUUUGAUAAAAAUUUUGAUUAAAGUUGUUAAAAAUACAUAGCCAAUAAAGAUCUUAAGAUUUAAUAAUAAUUUGAUCUUUGGCAUCAAAAUUCAAAAUAUAUGAUGUAUUUUCAAUUUCUAAGUAAAACCUUUGCCAGUUUUUAUAGUAGAUAGAAAUUAAAAGCAUUUUUUACUAUUUUACGUAAAUAGAAAUAAUCUAAAAAAAACUACAGGAAAGAAUCACUUUUUUUAGUCUUUAGUAAAAAACAAGAAAAUAAUUAAAUUAUCAGUUUAUUUAAAGUUCCAUUGUAAGAUGACUUCUAGUAAAUGCUCCCAAUCCUGUAUGAAUAAACAAAAGGUGGAACUUCUUAAUAUUGCAAAGAUUAAAUCAGAAGACCGUUUAACAAAUUAUAAUUAUGA